AAAAAGGAAAUACACCACCAAACACCAAAAGAAGACCAAGUGACACGUCAAAGGCAACUGAUGCAAGACAAGAAAAACACGAGCAACACAAACUUGACUCUGGUGGUUAUAUGAAACUUGCCGCAUGAAUUGCUCUGAAUUCAAUAGAGCGCCCACAGAAGAUGACAAGAGAAUUGCCUACCAGCGAGGCUAUACAGUCGUGGUUGAUCGGCUACGAGAAUUGAGUGGGCAUACACAAUAUUCUGGUGCAUUCGUCACACAGCCUGCUAAUCGUGAAACACCACCUGCACAUGAAGGUCCGGAUGUGCAUCCCAAUAGUAGAGAGCAUGUAGUCAGUGGUGACCAAGUGGAGCAUGAUCUAGGUACACAUCAUCAGGAACGUGAUGUUCCCCAAUCAGAUGAUCUAGAGGGUGUUCAACAUGUUGAGGUUGAGGCUAGACAAAAUGAUGUGGCUCCAUCAGAGGACCCUGCUUCGCUUCAAUUUCUUCAUCCUCAGUAUAGGACUAGACAUACAUCGAGAUCACGAGCAGAGAGCAGAACAACUACAGAGGGGGAAAAUGAUGAAGAAACCGAUGUUCCACUUAGUCUUUUCAUAGCUUAAAAAUAAAAAAUAAAAAAAAAUGAUUGUA